AUGGCGGAUCCUGGUUUACCGGCCCCUAAUCCGACCACAUCCUUUUGGCAAUCCUCCUCUCAUCCACACGUGGAAACUGCGCAAUCAGAGGCCCUACCUGAAACAAGAGAUGUGGUCAUUCUUGGCUCUGGCAUCACAGGAUGCAGCGUUGCACAGUGGUUACUAAAAGAAGACGAUGAAAUCUCCAUCACCGUUCUCGAUGCUCGAGGCAUCUGUUCUGGCGCCACUGGGCGGAAUGGUGGACACAUAAGAUGUGUUGCUGUCCAAGACUAUGAUCGACUCUCGCGAAAAUACGGUCAUGAUGCAGCAGUGAAGAUGGUGCGUUUCUCGCUCUCCCACUUCGAAAGUAUAGCUUCCACGGCUCGAGAGUUCGGGAAUCGUGUAGUCGAGGACUCUGAGAUUAGAGAGGUUCAAACCGUCUCCGCAAUAUUGAGCCAGACAAAGAUGAAUGAUAUGACUGCCAUGCUUAAGCAAUUUGAGGAAGCAUUUCCUGAUCUAAAAGGCCAAUGGCGGAUUUGUGGGCCAGAAGAGGCCACCAAAACGUAUGGCCUCAUUGAUGCAACUGGCGCACUUAUUGGCCGUGCAGGCGCUGCUUGGCCAUAUCGGCUCAUCUUGGGAAUAUUCAGCUCUUUACUCGAAAAGCAUCAUGAGCGUUUCUCGGUCGAACAACAUACGCCAGCCACAUCAAUUAUAAGAGUUCAAUCCAAUGAGUACCCCUACCUUAUCAACACACCCAGAGGCUGCAUCAAAGCAAAGCACGUUGUCCACUGCACUGAGGGUCAUGUAGGCCAUUUGCUCCCUCGCCUUCGAGGUCUCGUUUUCCCACGACGAGGUCAGAUGACAGUACAGGCACCUGGACCGGAAUUUCCUGCCCUAGACGGCCGGAGAUCCUGGAGUUUCUAUUUCGAGAAUGGUUUCGACUACCUAAGCCAAAAUGCACGGACGGGCGAUGUAUUUCUUGGAGGAGGGGAUAUCGGAGAAGAUGCAUAUCUCUCCCAACUAGGCGAAUCUUCAGAUGAGAACGAAAACGUGGUCGCAAAGGCUCACCUAGUUGGCAUUUUACCAUCCAUCCUUAAGAAAGCCCUCUCUUCAGCAGGACAUAACCCCCGGGGGCUUGAAGUAAAAUCUUCGUGGACUGGCAUAAUGUGCACACCACUUGACGGGCUUCCACUGGUUGGAAAGCUCCCACAAGAAGCACUUGAUCGCCCCAGUGGUAGCCAUUCUGCAGCAGAGUGGAUCAGUGCUGGGUACAAUGGGUACGGCAUGGUGAACGCCUGGCUCUGUGGUAGAGCAACAGCAGAAAUGAUCUUAAAGAGGGAUGUUAGCUCAUGGUUCCCAGAGCAAUAUCUCAUCACCACGGAUAGAGUGGAAGAUUUAAAUGCCCGCUGGGCAUCGAUCGCACAAUCUUCUCAAGGUCUUCGGGCCUUGUUGUAG